GCGUCAAAAGAUGAUAACACAUUUCCUGUUCAUUUGUCACAGACUGAGUAGGGAAGUGUGUACCAUAAAUUCCAUCUAUCAUCAAACAAAACAUUACUUCAAAGGACUUUUAUUAUUGUUUUAUUAGAUCCAUAUUUUUCGUGUCAAGCAUUCACGUUUAAACCACCAUGAUGAGGUGGAUGACAGGAGACAACAAACGCCACAAAGAGCCCGAGGUAUUUAGCAAUGUAGUCGAAGGAUUAAAGAAAAUUUAUAGAAAUAAGCUACUCCCACUCGAGGAGACUUACAAAUUCCACGACUUUCACUCACCACCCUUAGAUGACCCAGAUUUUGAUGCCAAGCCCAUGAUUUUAUUAAUUGGGCAGUAUUCAACUGGAAAAACAACAUUUAUUCGUUAUCUAUUGGAACAGGAUUUUCCAGGAAUUAGAAUAGGCCCAGAACCAACAACAGAUAGGUUCAUUGCUGUUAUGGCUGCUGAACAAGAAGGCAUCAUCCCUGGAAAUGCUCUGGUUGUUGAUCCCAAAAAACAGUUUAAACCACUAACCAAAUUCGGCAAUGCUUUUUUAAACAGAUUCCAGUGUUCACACAUGAAAAAUCCUGUUUUAGAUAGUAUUACAAUUGUAGAUACCCCUGGUAUUCUGUCAGGUGAAAAACAGAGAGUUGAUAGAGGAUAUGAUUUUGCUGGUGUCCUGGAGUGGUUUGCUGAAAGAGUAGAUAGAAUCAUUUUGUUGUUUGAUGCACACAAAUUAGAUAUAUCAGAUGAGUUCAGAAGGGCUAUUGAAGCUAUAAAAGGACAUGAUGAUAAAAUCAGAAUAGUUCUAAACAAAGCUGACAUGGUGGAUCACCAGCAACUGAUGCGGGUGUAUGGUGCACUUAUGUGGUCUCUCGGAAAAGUGCUCAACACUCCAGAGGUUGCAAGAGUAUACAUUGGAUCAUUUUGGGACCAACCAUUACAGUUUGAUAUGAACAGACGUUUAUUUGAACUAGAGGAACAAGACUUAUUUAGAGAUCUCCAGAUGUUACCUAGAAAUGCUGCUCUAAGAAAGUUAAAUGACCUAAUAAAAAGAGCCAGAUUGGCAAAGGUGCAUGCAUACAUCAUAGCUCAGCUUAAAAAAGACAUGCCAUCAAUGUUUGGUAAAGACUCUAAGAAGAAAGAGCUUAUUGCCAAACUUCCAGAUAUAUUUGCUCAAUUACAACGUGAGCACCAGAUUUCUCCAGGAGACUUUCCUAACUGUAAGAGAAUGCAAGAACAGCUUCAACAUCAGGACUUCACAAAAUUCCAUCAGCUGAAGCCUAAGUUGCUGGAAGUUGUUGAUUCCAUGCUUGCUACUGAUAUAGCUCGACUAAUGCAAAUGAUCCCUGCUGAGGAAUCUGAAAUGGCUCAAAAUGAACAAGCGAAUGGGAACAUUCAUGGUGGUGCUUUUGAAGGUUAUACAGAAAGCCCCUUUGGCAUUGGUCGUGGUGAGGGCGCUGAUGCAGGCCGUGGUGAGCAUGAAUGGGUUGUUGAAGCAAACAAAUAUGAGUAUGAUGAUGCUUUUGCCAAGCUGAAUCCUGUGAAUGGUAAAGUUUCUGGUGCUGCUGCUAAAUCUGAAAUGGUGAAAUCCAAGCUACCCAACACAGUUCUCUCCAAGAUUUGGAAACUAUCAGAUAUCGAUCGUGAUGGCAUGUUGGAUGCUGAUGAGUGGGCCCUAGCCAACCAUUUGAUCAAGAUCAAAUUGGAAGGCCAUGAUUUACCCAACACACUUCCAGACCACCUUGUACCACCGUCCAAACGAGAAGGUGUGGCAUCCCUGGCAUCUUAGAGAUUCUGUCAACCAAGAAUUAAUCUGCUGAACUUAAAAUUUGCAUUUGCAAUGUUAAGCUACAUAUGAACCAUGCACCUGCAUAACAAAUUUAAACGUCAAUUAAUAAUAGAUUGUCUGCAACUAUUGUAGACCUUGAUAUAUUCUGGUAAGGAUUUAACAGCAAAUUGUAUAUAAACUGUAUUAAAUACAAUGUGCAUUAUAUUUCUGUGUAACAAGCUAGGUCCCUUUAAAAUGUGUUUAGAAUUAGAAGAUUGUAUAUAUAUAUCUCUCUAUAUAUAGCAUAACUGUUUAGUUGAAAUAAGAGCAGCAUUAUACAUUGCAUUGAUGUCACUGAUAUUCUUAGUAUAGUUUUUGUUUAUCUUUUAGUACCUCAGUUACAAGACUAAUGAGUUUAUCAUAGUUUUAAAAGGGUGUGGGUUGUCAUAUAUAUAUCAAUUUAAUAAUUUAGUGAUUAUCAUUUAUUAGUCAAGAUUUAUAAUUUUGUACAAAAAAUAGUAAAACAAGUGCCUUGAAGCAAGGUAUUUUUUUAUUUUUUUUUAUUAAAGCGCAACCAAAAGUAUUAGUACUACUGGUAUUGUCAUUAUUUUGGGAAUUAGUCAGUGCUAUUGUUUCAAUUAAAAUAAGGCAUAGUGAAAAUAAAAUCAUUUCUUUAUAAUAUUGUCUUCACUUGCAUAAUUCUACACCACAUUCACUUUUCCAAGAUUUUCAUGUUUUUUACAAGUGUUAAUACUUGUUGUUGUUUUUUUUUUAAAUUAUUAAUUUUUUGGUCACUUUUUUUUUUAGUAUACUUUGAAAUAUGUUUUUAUAUUACUUAGUUUCAAACGUUUAUAAAGAAAUUCUAUUAAUUCUGCUUAAAAACAUUAUGAAUUUUUUAAAAUAAUUUAUGUGAAAAGAUUUUUUUUUAAAUUUAUUUUAUGGGGUGUCAUAAUUUUCUAUCAGUUUCUGAAAUGUCUUAUCUCUAAAUGAUAAUAAACACAUUUCUGUUAUAGUCUUGUAAUCAGUUAUUUUAUGUUGAUUCUUGAUUCUGUAUGGCGUUUAUAUUUAUUAACUUAGUAUUGUGACUUUACUUUUGAAAAGUAUUGCCUCUGUGAUUUUUGUUUUACAUUGCUGUAUAGUUUAUUUAGUUUUUCUUUAAUGUGUGAGAAAAAAUCCAUGGAAAAGUAGUAGACAAUAAAAAUUAUGUGAAGAUUCUAUUUGUUAUUAUUUUGAUUUUAUUUUUACAUAUAUUAUCAAUUCAAUUGAAAAGUAACCUUUUUUUUUAAUCUUCAAAUUAAAAUAAGAUUUUGUGUAUGAAACAGACAACCAUACAAGACUUUAAAAAAAAGUGCAUUUUGUCCCCAAAAAGAAAAUAAAACCUAGUGUAAACUGUUCAUCAGCUACUGUAAACUGUUAGAAGAAAUACAGUUUUCCAAAAAAUGUAUAUGCAUUUUACAUAAUCGUAAACUUGGUUUUUAUUAUAAUUUUGAAAACUGAUGUCCAUUUUGAUCCAGACACUGCUGACAUCAUGAAGCAAUUCCCAUGUUUAAUGCCUUCUCUCAAUCCAGUGACUGGUGCAGGUUUCAUAGCGUACUCUUGGUGUUUUAGGUAUCCUCAUUAGAAAAGAUUUGGUGAUGAGUGGUCUGGUGAACAAAAACCCCUUGUCCAAUCCACCUGUUUACAAUUAUUUAAACUUGUGUUUACAUAUUUUGGGACACACUGUAUAUUCACAAUUCAUUGUCCAAAAAAAAUUUGUGUGUGUGUGCUGAUUUACAGUAAUAUGACGCAAUAAUUUACAAACUACUUAUUUCUUUUCCCUUUACUUGAAUAAUGCAUGAUGAAAUAAUUUUCUUCUUAAAAAUGUAUAUAUUUUGAAAUAUUUUUUUUUAUUUAAAAUUGUGGUUUAGUCCAAAAGCACAUUUGAGAUGUGAUCCAGCACAAGAAUGUUUUGCUUACAUUGCCCAUCUAACUAAACUUGUCUAGUGAUGCUUGGUUCUUCACAUAGUUAGAGUAACAAAACCUUUAGCAUAUUUUCUUUCAGUCCACAGUAAGUAACUUACUGUUGAUACAUUUGCAAGUUGAGCCAAAUUUGUAUUGAAUAUUAAAAAUAUUAAAUUCUGGUCAGAAUGGCUUAGUAAGUUAAUCAGCCAUGUUAUAGGUGAGAUAAACCAGUGAUUCAUAUUCUGCCUUUUAGAGUUUUACAUACAACAUGUUUUCUUUAGGGCUGGAAUAUACCAUGGGCAUACUCUAGACUAUCCCAUUAUGGAGGCCAUGAACUUUCAAGACUUUUAUUAUUGUACAUAUAUUAGUAAUAAAUCAUAUAGUAAGCUCAAGAGUGUCAAUUUUAUUAAGUAAUUUAGUAGAAGUGCAACAAAAAACAAACAUGUUCAUUUAAUUGAAUUAUCUUUACAAUCUUUUUAACUUUGCUUAACAAAUAAUAUGUAUGCCAUUAAUAAUGGCCAUAUUGGGGGCUAAGUGUUUUAAAGGAUUGUUAUUGACUUCUAUUAAUAAUCAUUGCUUAAUAUAAAUUUUUUUUAGAGUGUCCUUUUAACAGUGCAAUAAAAACAUAUUUAUUGCUUCAUUUUAUUUCUGGAUGUCAUAAUUGAUAAACUUUUUUAAAAUUGUUUUUUUCUAUAUCUUUAGUUAAAUGUUACUGAUUUUAAAUUUAAUUAACAAUAUUAACAAUUCAUGGAAUUGGGGAGUUUGAAAACCAUGAAAUAGAACCUACAUUUUGACUGUCUCUAUUUUUAAUAGUAAGAUACCCAGUAUCUCAAUAAUGUGUUUUUUAAUUCUAAUUGAAGAAUGUUUCUUAAGACUCUUCAAAAGUACAUUUUAAGCUAAUCAAUUCUUUCAAAAACAGAAAAUGAUUUCAAAGUAUAUAUGAACAUUAUAGAAUUGCUUUUUUUUUUUUCAAUAAUUAUAUCAUUGUUAAAAUAUAAUGAAAGAGUAUAUAUUUCAACAUAAUCUAUCACUAGAAGACUUAGUUAUCCAUCAUAAAAAUCAUUAUAUGCAAAAAACAACAAAAAAAGUAUAAUGUUUUGUGCAUGUUUUGAAAUUACCAUUACAUAGGACUAAUUAUUUUCUUUAUAAUUGUAAACAAAUAUUCAUUUUGACCAAUUCAAUUUACGGUUGCCUUUCAAUUGACUUUAUGUGCUUCUCCAAUAAUAUUUUUUUUUUAGUGCUCUGCUGUUCUGGGUUUAUUUCAGAUAAUGGAUUUAUGUAGCAGCAACAAAUUUCAAGCUAAUUAACAUAAUAUAUUUUGUAUAACAUGUCACUUCCAACUAGCUGAGUAUGUUUUUUUUAUAGUUGUAUACUGCAUCCAUAAUCCCAUUGUAUGCAAUAUCUAUUAAUUAAUUUACUAUUGUGUCCUUUACGGCUGACUGAUCAUAUGGUAUGUGCUCGAAGGUUCAAACCCUGUACUCCACUAUCCUUAGGGAUAUUUGUGCUAGGGUAUACUAAUCUUUAAUUCUGAAGGGAACAUUCAAAACAUGUAAAACAAAUAAAAAAUUUUAGUUGUUUUUUAAGCUCCCUGUUUGUAAAUCCCUGAGAAUACAAUUACUAAGUCAAGUCAACAAGAAAGAAUGUAAAUGUGUAGGACAAGUUUAAAUUAAAUGAUGAUUAGAAUAGUAUAAAAUGUGUAUGUAUAAAUAGGUAGUUAUCCAUUUUUACCCUCCCCUUUCUCUCUUUUGUUUCCUUUAUUGCGAUGCAUAAACAUCUAACUUAUCUAUUGGGAUUACUUUUAUCAUAAUAGAUUGUGGUUUAUUAAUGGAUCAUCCUAAUGCUUUUUGAUUCUGUGUUUCUGUUGUGUUUACCUGAGGCGCUUAUCUUCAUGCAUGCUUAGCAGUUCUUGCACCAGUUGUAACAAACUUUUUUUUUGUUCUUGAAUCAACAUUCACUAGCAUUACACCACAUAUGAAAUAUAUUGAAAAUAUUUAUUUUGUGAUUUUUUUUCUUCUGGCAUGUAAAUGAACAAAACAAUAAAAAUGAUUAUUCAAUAUGAACAUCCUAUUCAAGUCAAUUUAAACAUGUUUCCUAUGAUUAACAAUGAAGUGCAAUUAUUGUUUCCUUGCACGGUGGUUUUAAAACCCAUUGUGCUGAAGUCGCUUCUAUGUGUAUUCUUAGAAUAAGUUUUUUAUAUUCUAACUUAAUCAAUAAGAUUUCAAUUGAUGAAAUCCUUAAAUUCUUAGGUCAGCAUCUCUCAGCCUUUUUUUUUGUUCCAAUUAUGUAUGUAGGCUUAUGAAAUACUGUUUCCCCACUAUAAAGGUUGUUUGUUUUUUUGUGUGCUCUAAAGAAGUAUUUUCUUUCUUGUCUGAAUACUUUAAGUCAAACUGUCAUUAACUUCUGAAGAUGCAGGACCCUUCAGGAACUAUGUACUCUUUUUUUUUUGUUUGUGUGUGCCCCCAAUUUUAAGACUUUUUUUUUUUUCUGUCUUAAAAACUGUCAAGCUGUUGACAUAAAUGGGAAUACAACUAUGUAGGAUUUGGUCUAUGCCAAAAGUCACUGGGAAUUUUGUUAAUUCAUUACAGACAUGUUUGUAGUGUGAGAUGUACAAUUCUAGAUAGAUCCUUAUUAAAUAAUAUCACAUCUCCCCUGAUUGGUGCCAACUUGAAAUUCUACUGUAGCAAUAUUUCAUUGCUUGUGCUUUCUUUGGUUAUGACUGUUUAUCAUUGGAUGGUAAACAUUGCCUGUAUAUACUCAUACAAAUAAUAAAAUACAAUAAUAAAAAAAAA